AUGUUUGCGGUUCCUGAAGUCGACGAUGACAUUGAAAUUUCCACUCCGAUAGAAACUACAAAGCCGAUUACACAACCCAGAGCAACAAUAGAACCUCCUCCACCUCCGACACAAACGCUGUCAGCUUCAUUAGUAGAAAAAGUAGAAAAAAAUUCUAUUAAAAUGCAAAUUCCUCCGAUAGCGCCAGAAUCAGUAUCUUCUAAACAACAUCAUUCUCGUCGAAGUCUUUUUCAUCGAAAUACAAUUCAUAUAUGUGAUCAAAUUGUCGACCGAAUGUAA